AUGGCAGAUAUGUUUGAGGAUGAACAAAAACCAGAACCACCAAAGAAGCAUGUAAGAGAAUCCAAACAGAGGGACAAGGAAGAUGAAGACGUUGAGCUGAUAAUUGCUGGGGUGGGACACAUAAACAAAGAUGCUGAAAUUCUCUUUGUCAGGAUGAUUUUAAAUUCAAAACCAGUCAUUUCAAACAUUUUGAACAGAGUCACCCCAGGCUUAUAUUCAAAAAGAAUGAAAGGCCACUUCAGUCAAGACCUUGCUCACGUUUCUCAGCCUGCAAAUCAUGUGUCCCCUACAGCAAAAGCAGUGGCCAUCACACCAGUUUCUCAGUCUGAAUGGAGAUCAAUAGGUAGUCCUAUUACUUUUGAGUCUUCAUCUAAAUGUGGUUAUAAAAUGAGCUCACCACAAGUUGGUCCUCACAUUUCCUCAGAUUUGCUCUCUCCAAAGACUCAGUGUUUAGCUGGAGCUGUGCUUUCUGUAAGAGGCAAAGAUGAGAAUCCUCGUGAUGCAAAGCGACUUUCCAUGUUGGAUACAAACCGUAGAAAUCCCAAAAGGCCUAAACUCACAGAUGCAAUUCCAGGGGCACAUUCUUCAGCUGUAGCCCCUUCGGAUAUCUCUCCCAUAAGGAACACAAGUACACCCUCAAAAAGUGUCUGCCUCUCAGCAGGCCAUGUUCAGAAUGGAGCAUCAUUACCUUGGGCCUAUGCUAAUGAAAAGGCACAUUUCAAUCUUAUGAAUCCAGAUGGAGCAAAUAGUUCUGAAGGACUGGUAAAAACAGACUUUUGAAAUGUAGUAAGUUGAAACAAGACAUUUGAUCCCAAGAAAGGAAAUCUGAUCAUGUCACUUAGUGUCUUUUACUAUGGACAGCAUGAAGGAGAUGGGAAGCCAGAACAGAAGACUCACACAACCUUUAAAUGCUUCAGCUGCUUGAAAAUUCUAAAAAAUGUUAAGUUUAUGAAUCACAUGAAGCACCAUUUGGAACUUGAGAAGCAGAACGACAGUUGGGAAAACCACACCACUUGCCAGCACUGCCAUCAACAGUUUCCCACUCCUUUCCAGCUGCAAUGUCACAUUGACAGUGUGCACACUACCCAGGAGCCCUCUGCAGUUUGUAAAAUCUGUGAGUUAUUGUUUGAAACAGAUCAGGUUCUCUUCCAACACAUGAAGGACAAUGAUAAGCCUGGGGAAAUGCCCUAUGUGUGCCAGGUCUGCAGUUACAGAUCCUCAACUUUUGCUGAUGUGGAAACACACUUUAGAACAGGCCAUGAAAACACUAAGAAUUUGCUUUUUUGUUUCAAAAAUUUCAAAACUGCAGUACCAUACAUUAAUCAUUGUUGGAGGCAUUGGAGCAAGAAAGUCUUUCGAUGUUCCAUGUGCCGCUUACAGUUUUCGACUUUGAAGGAAGAAAUAGAGCACAAAACCAAGAAUCAUCAAACAUUUAAAAAGCCAGAGCAACUGGAAGGGUUGCCUCCUCAAACAAAAGUUAUUAUUCAAACUUCAGUUUAACCAGUAGCAAGAGAUGCAGCAUCCAUUAUUGUGAGAAAUACUGCCCCUUGGCUGUCACCCGUAAAAACUAAAAAGUGGAUGCCUAUGAACACUAAAUAUUGUAGACUCUCUUGCAGCAAAGGUUCUGGCUAA